GGAGAAUCCAUCCGAACUGCGAGACGCCGAGUUUGGCGGAGAAUCUGAGGCUGCUUAGUUAAGACCAACAUCCUCCAACAGCAAGUUACCUGUCAACACCCCCGUCUCCAUCGUCACCAACAGCUUGAAUCCGCACGCCUUGACGUCCGUUUAUACUGCGCACUGUCUCUCAUUCAUACCCCCACUUCUGGUACUCAAUAGUUAUCAUGGCCACAGGUUUGCACCCCGAUUGCAUACAUAACCUCCCGCCGAUCGUCCCCCGCAUUUGACACCACCCCUCAUACCCGACAUCCAGAACCAAGCCAGAAGUCCAAGACUUGCCCAGCUAACAUGGCUUACAGACCCAGACGGUGACUCUCAAAUGGCGUCCUCGCCCGAAUCAAACCGUUCCCUCUCCGACGUCGACGCCGGCUCCCGCACGCCGACUCAUCACACCCAAACCGCCAAUGCGCAGUUUGCAGGCGCUUCAGAACUCUCACCGCCAGGUUCCCAAACCCAGGCGACCAGCGGCAUGGCGAAUGAUUUUCCUGGUGCUGAUGGAGGGUCGGCAGAUUCAACACAGCAGCCGGGGGCGUCUUGGAUGAAUAGACGGGCGGAGGAGGAGUAUCAAAGAGCGAUGGAGUAUGUGAUUGAUCUGGACUUCAAUCUCGAUGAGUUUGGAGACCCCUUUGAUGAGAGCGAUAUGAACGAGAAGUUGGUUUAGACUGCGAUGCAUCGUAUGGCGUUUGGUGUUCUACUCUGUCGUUUCUCUGCUUUGAGAUACGCACCGUGGUCGAUACCUGAUUGUUUAUGAGAUACGACCAUUUACUGGCAUUAUAGCUUCUGAUGAAUUAAUUAUGAACAGGUGAACAGCCUUUCCUUUAUCGUAGCUUGUUUCAAGUCUCUGAGGUGAGUCCAGCUAAGUUGUGGCUGCCUGAUGACAAGGACCAAGACAAGGCACGACAGCACGAGGCAUGUAAAUUAAAUCUACCCCAGAAUCAGUCAAAUAAGCUCUCAGAAAUCAGCCA